CUUCUGUGAAAGAGGUGAAAACAAUAGAGACUUACUUUCAUUUUCAAAGGGAACGUGGAAAAUCAGAGAUGAGCAAACGUAAACAUCUUCUUUCUUUGGCGUUAGCCUUGCCCAAGGAGGCUGAUAUGACAGCUAAAUAUUUAAGAUUCAAAGCCAUAGAACUAACAAAGAAUGACAACAAAGAGCCAGACAUUUUUUCUACCCACUGCAUUUGUUGUGGCAGUGUGUUCACUCCCGACAGCUGUAGAACAAGACUCAGACCUAAGCUUACAUUGAAUAAAAACUUGAAGAGGCUAUUGGAGAGGAAUAAAACAAAUCCAGAGUCCUUAGGCAAAUAUCAGCAGAAUUUGAUUAAAAGAUAUCUCAAUGGUAAAAAUGUGGUGAUUAAAACAUGUUUGCAAUGCAGCAAAACAAGCAAAUUUCCUGCCCAGACUAGAGCAUGGCAGAUGAAACGAACCAGAUCAUUAAAACCAGCACCUGCAGUCAGAGAGACUGAACCAACAGAAAUUGAAGAUAAAAUGUUAACAAGGAAACAGAGGAAAAGGUUAAAAAAGAAACAGCUGAAAACUUUGAUUGCAGGAGACAAAGACAAUGUUGAAUUAAGUCAAACUCAAGCAAAGGAGGCUGACUCUGGGGUCAAAAAUAAACCUGAGACUGCAGUUCAUAAAAUACAAAAUAAAAACUCUUUUGUUACAAAAGCCAAGGUGAAAUCACAAUAUUCUGGAAAACUAGGUCAGAGACUUAAGGGUAAAAAUCGCCACCAACAGUUGAGCAAGAUGCUUGCCAAGGAGAAAACAAACAAUAAACCAGAGUCUUUGUCCAUGUUCUUAUCAAGUUUAUGAAAAAUGUUAUUUAUUAUCUCCACCAACAGUUGAGCAAGAUGCUUGCCAAGGAGAAAACAAACAAUAAACCAGAGUCUUUGUCCAUGUUCUUAUCAAGUUUAUGAAAAAUGUUAUUUAUUGUCUUCUUUGUUUAUUAAACAUUUAAGGGAA